CCAUAAUUAUACAAAGUGUAAUUAAUGAACUUAUCUUCAGAUAUCGAUAUAGAAUUAAAAAAAAGUGCAAAUUAUCUAAUUUCUAGUUUCUUGUUUAGUUUAGUCUGGUAGAUUAACCGAAGCCUUAAAAGAGGUAGAUAUUGCAAUAUUGAAAAAUAAAAAUGAAUUAGAACUUUAUAAAACUAAAAGUAUUUAUUAUAAUUAAAUCAAUCUUUAGCAAGAAUUUUAGAUUCUUUGGGCCAUUUUAAUGAAAUCAUAGAUACUUGGGAAGAAGGAAUAUAAAAUAAUAAAAAUGAAUUUCUCUUUUAUUAAGAGAAAGGUAAAUUAAUUAGAACAUAUUUAAUUAGUUUAUGCAUUAAAGAGUUAAAAUAAGCUAGAAGAAAUAAUUUAAUGUUAUGAUUAUGGAAUAAUGAACAAUAAGAAUGACCCUUUAUUUUAUACUUAUAAAAGUAAAUAUUCUAAUUAUAAUAUUUUAGAUAGUGAGCUAGAACGAUAAAAUAAAAAAGAAGAAGUAAUAAAAGUAUGGGAGUUAGGAAUUGAUAAUAAUAAAACAGACCCUUAUUAUUAUAAAAGAAAAGGUAAUUAAAGUUUUGUUAUUUAAUAGUAUAGGCAUUAAUUGAUUUGUUUGGAGCAGAAAAUAGUUGGGAAAAGAUUGUUUAAUGUUGGGAUCAAGCAAUUUAAAAUGGAAAUGAUGCUGUGUUUUAUUUUAAAUCUAAAGGUAAUUUUGUAAUCAAAUUUAUAGCUAGUGCUUUAGAAUAAUUAGAAAGAUGGGAUGAAGUUAUUUAAUGUUUAAAUUAAGGUAUAAAUUAACAUAAACAUGUUUAAUUUUUGUAUGAUGAUAAAGGUAUUCAAAAUUUUAUUAUUUUAGCAAACUAUUUAAAAAAAUUGAAUAGAUUAGAAGCAAUUAUUGAGUGUUGGGAUGAUGGAAUUAAAAAUAAUCCACAUAAUAGAUAUUUUUAUGGAAAAAAAAGUAUAUUUUAUUAUAAAAGUUUUAGUUAAAGCAUUAGAAGAUUAAGAAAAAAUUGAAUAAAUUAUUAAAGAAUCCAGUAUUUAUAUCAAAUAAUUUAAUGAUAUAAUAUUUUAUGAAGCUAAAGGUAAUCAUUUAAAUAAUACUAAAAGCUAAAUGUUUGUAAAUUUAAGGAAUGAAAGAAGAAGUAAUCUAAUGUUGGGAUGAAGGAAUUGAAUAGAAUUAAUAUUAAAUAUCAUUUUACCUAAAAAAAAGUAUUUUAUUCAAAUAAAUUUAGUUGAAGCACUAAAGAAUUAGUAAAGAUGGAUAGAUUCAAUUUAAUGUUGUGAUUAAGUUCUUUCGAAAAAAAUUUUGGAAAGUCAAGAAAUAUAUUCAAAUAAAGGUUUUCUAAAAUAUAAUUUGUAGAGCAUUCAUUAGAAUAAUUAAAGUAGUUUAGGUAAGCUAUCUAGUAUUCAAGAUUGAUUCAAUCAGAUUAGAAUCUAAAAUUCUGGUUUUGA